AUGGGGGAAAAUGCUACUAUUGAUACUUAUUUUAAGAGAAAGAAUAGUGAGUUUUUGUCCUCAUCUACUCAUAAUGUUGAAUUAUCAAAUAUUGAGACUCUUUCUCCAAAGUCUCCUAGAAUUGAAAAUAAAGAAGUGGUUAAAGAAGAUGAUCUUACUUCAUUGGAAAGAGAUCCUACACUACGCCUUCCAAUAUGGAAAUUUCCUAUAAAUCAACAAGAUGAAAUUCGUCGUGCGUAUCUUAAACUUGGUCCAUUUCAGUGUAAGCUUCAAAAUUAUCCUUUCUCUGGGCUAGAGAAGAAUCGACGUCACUUUUGCUCUUCCUGGUUUGAUUUGUUUCUAUCUUGGUUAGAGUAUUCUCCAACUAAAGAUGCUGCAUUUUGUUUGCAUUGUUAUUUAUUUAGUAAACCAGGUGGCAAUGAUCGUUUUGGACUUAGUACAUUUGUUGUUGAGGGAUUCAGAAAUUGGAAAAAGGUUAAUAAUGGAGAAAAUUGUGCUUUUCUGCGCCAUGUCGGAAAAAAUGUUAUCUCGAUGCAUAAAAAUGCUGUGAGAACAUGUAGUAAUCUUAUGAACCAAUCUCAACAUAUUGAGAUAUUGGUUGAAAGACUUACUUCUCAGCAGAUUGCAACUAAUCGUUUGAGACUACAAGUUUCUGUGGACGUGACAAGAUGGCUUGCUUUGCAAGGAUGUGCUUUUAGAGGUCAUGAUGAAAACUUAGAUUCACUUAAUCGGGGUAAUUUUUUGGAGAUGAUAAAGUUUUUAGCUUCCUAUAAUCAAGAAGUUGCAUCGGUUGUUUUAGAAAAAGCUCCUCAAAAUGCUUCAAAUAGUUCCCCUCGAAUUCAAAAGGAAAUUCUUCAUGUUUUCUCUCAAAAGGUAAAGGACACAAUACGAGAAGAAAUCUCCAAUGCCAAGUUUUGUCUUAUUGUUGAUGAAGCUAGUGAUGUAUCUAAAAAAGAGCAUAUGGCUAUUGUCUUGAGAUUCGUAGAUAAAGAUGGUUUUAUACGGGAAAGAUUUUUCGAUCUUGUACAUAUGGAAGAUACAAGUGCUAAGACUUUGAAACAAGGACUAUGCAUCUCUCUUCGUCACCAUAAUCUUAAUGCUUUAAUUUGCGCCGAGUGUCCAUAUGCUUAUUAUGUCCAUUGUUUAGCUCAUCGCCUUCAACUUGCCUUGGUUGCUGCAUCUCAUGAGAGUAAUGAUGAGUUAAGGGUUGCCCAAACAAAGGAAAUUGCAAGAAUGAUUGCUAUUGAUGAACUCGAAUCAGGAGUUGGUCUUAAUCAGGUUGGUACUUUGCAUCGAGCUGGAGGUACUCGUUGGAGUUCUCAUUACAAUUCGAUAUGCAGUUUGUUUCAAAUGUUUAAAGCCACAUGUGAAGUUCUUGACAAUAUUUCUAAUGAAGGAAAGACAACAUCACAUCAUGGAGAUGCAGAUGAUGCAUACUCAUCAUUGAGAUCUUUUGAUUUUGUCAUCAUAUUGCACCUUAUAAAGGAAAUUAUGGGUAUUACUGAAGUCCUUUGUCAAGCUUUGCAACUAAAGUCUCAAGAUAUUUCAAAUGCUUUAUAUAUGAUUUCAACUACAAAAGAGUUACUUCAUAAAUUAAAAGAGUCGGGUUGGGAUGCUUUCUUAAUUCAUGUUCAAGAAUUUUGCAAAAAAUAUGGCAUUGACAUUCCAGAUAUGAGUGCAAAAUAUAUUGGAAGGAGAGGUCGUGCUCGAAAUGAACAAGGUGAUUUUUCUACUGAGAAAUUUUACAGGGAAAAAUUGCAUUUGAAGAUGGAGUUACAACAUUUUGAGCCUGACAUUCCUAAACAUCCAGAUUUGAUUAAUUUAUCAACUACUUCUGAAUUAUGUCAAGGGCUAGCAAGAACUGGAAAAUCCACCAUUUACCCUCUUAUUGAUAGAGUGAUUAGACUUGUACUAAUUCUUCCAGUUUCUACAGCAACCACUGAAAGAUCUUUCUCAGCUAUGAAGAUAAUCAAGACCAAGCUUCAAAAUAGAAUGGAAGAUCAAUUUCUUGAUGAUUCUUUGAUUACAUACAUUGAAAAAGAAGUUGUUUUGAGUUUUAGCACGGAUUCAAUUAUAGAUGAGUUUAACAAUAUGAAAACACGUAGAGCAAGAGUCAAGUGA